UCAACUUUCACAAUCCAAGAAAAGAAAUUCAAGCGCAGGAAGCAUCUGGAGAACAACCAUCAAAGAUUUCCUUGGUUAAUGACAUUGUUGACGAAACUUGUUUCAACGAAAAUCCUACUGUUACACAAGAAAAUACAUGUGAAGAUGCUGUUGAAGAACGAAUGCAUAAGCAAAACACUUUGGAGAUAGAAUCCUUACGUCACUAUUUACUGUCCAUUAUCUACAUGCCGUUAUCUUUAAAGAUGAUUUGCAUUACUAAUCUAUUUUGCUGGAUGGCACAUGUAUGUUACUCACUGUAUUUUACGGACUUUGUGGGUGAAGCAGUAUUUAAAGGAGACCCGAAAGCAACCCAAGGAUCUAUUCCCCAACUUCUUUACGAAGAGGGUGUCCGUUUUGGAUGUUGGGGAAUGGCAAUGUAUUCUUUGUCAUGCGCCUCUUACUCACUUAUCAUUGAGAAACUUAUUCAACAUUUUAGGGCGAAGUCAGUGUACGUUGGAGGACUUCUUUUUUAUUGUACUGGAAUGGCCCUUAUGGCAUUAACACGAGCCAAGAUAAGUGUUUUAGUUUUUAGUUGGACAGCGGGUAUUAUGUACUCCACGCUAUUCACUAUGCCAUAUCUACUGGUUGCUCACUAUCAUAAUGUUUCCACAUUUGAAUUACAUGAAAAUGGAUCUCCGAAAGUUGGAUCAGGAUCACGUGGAUUGGGUACUGAUAUUGCCAUUAUAAGUAGCAUGGUUUUUUUAGCCCAGUUUAUUUUAUCAUUAUGUAUGGGCACAAUAAUUAAAAUAUCUGGAACAACUACGGCUAUUAUAAGUACCGCCAGCUUCUUGAGUUUUUGUGGAGCUCUGUCCGCUACGAAGAUUAUGUAUUUGGAUCUAUAAGCUAAAUUUAAAUAAAAUGUAAUUUAAUAUUGUGUUUUGAACAAUGCAUGGCGUUCUAUAAUUAAAACUAAAUAAACUAUUGUGUGACCCCAAACUCUUUAA